AUAUUAGGGUCAAAAGUAAAAAAAAAAAUACCGUCCUUGGUCAGUUAAUCUAUAGAACUCGGGCUGUUCUUUAAUCAACUCUUUGGUGUUUAUUUAUUUUAAGUUAUAUUUUCAACAUAAUCCAUUGUCAAUCUUUUAUGACAGGUUAUAGCCAAGUUAUAUGUUUUUUGGAUGAAAUUAAUACGUUUAUUAUACAAUGUCUGUGUUAUUCAGUGGUAUUCAGAAAGUUACGGAAUGGGUAGAACAAAAUACUGACCCUGAUGUUAAAGAUCUCUGGUUUAUGGGAUCAAUAUGGCCAAUUACAAUUGUAGUGAUUCUGUAUUUGUACUUUGUUCUUAAAUUUGGCCCGGAAUUCAUGAAGUAUCGUAACCCUUACAAUAUUGACCGCAUUGUUAUGAUUUAUGAUGCAGUACAAGUUCUAUAUUCUUUUUACUUGGUAAAAGAGGCAUUUAGAAUGGUGUGGUUACGAGACGAUUAUCGAUUCUAUUGCAUCGAAAAAAGUAAAGAUGACCCAGAACUAGCAAAACAACAAGUAUUUACUGUUUAUAUGUUUCUCAUGAGUAAACUUCUUGACCUGCUAGACACAAUUUUUUUUGUACUAAGAAAAAAACAGAAUCAAAUAACAUUUUUACAUGUUUAUCAUCAUACGUUGGUUAUAAUCUUGGCCUGGCACAUAACCAAUUUUUAUUCAGGAGCGCAAACCGCAUUAUUUGGUACCAUUAACGCAUGUGUGCAUAUUAUAAUGUAUAGCUAUUACUUUUUGACUAUAAUAAAUCCAGAAUACAAAAAAGCAUGGUGGAAAAAAUAUUUGACCAUUAUACAAUUGGUGCAAUUUGUGAUUACUGGACUACAUGGAAUAAUAACGCUAUUUGAGCCUGAUUGCGAUUUCCCUAGAUUGAUAAUGCUAUUCGCAAUUCCACAAGAUAUAUUUAUGUUCAUUUUAUUCUGGGACUUUUAUAAAAAAGCAUACAUUAAACCAAAGAAGAUUAAACAAUAACGAAUUUAAAUAUUAUUGAAUAAAAAUAUUUUUAUUUAUUCCGUAUCAA